AUAAAAGUCAACAAAACAAAGUUAAAACUAUUACCGCCACAAAAUUCCUCACGGACUCUGUUUUAACUUUUCGUACUCCUUGUUGGAUCCAAGAAGUUACCCAAUUUACUGGUCUUUUUUUUUUUACGUACAGGAUACAGCACAUUACAGGCUUUGAAUCGAUAUUGUUAGUUUAUGGAACUUUACCCCAUCUCCAAAAUGGAGUUGGAAAGCCGUUCUUUGCCUAAAGAAGAUUUCUUACCAAGUGAUGGACGUUUAGCUAAAGACCCUGUGUUAAACGAGCCUCAAAAAAACGGGAAGCCUGAUAACGCGCAACUUAGGCUUGUAGAAAAAACUGCACCACCCGCAGUGAACACAAUGGAUAAAGGAAAGGCACGAAUAACAUCAUUACCGACUAUGCAGUCAGAUAUAAAUAAGGAUAAUUUACAAAAAGAAGGAGAAACCACUGAAAAAUCUAAUUUGGUCAGGACUGUUGAAUAUGCAACAUCAAAGCCCGUAGAAGCUGAUGAAACUACGACAGAAGAAGAUAUUACGAACUGUGUCGGUUAUAAAGCAAACAUUUACGAUACAAGUUUGGUUGUAUGCACAUUGAAUGGAUGUAAUAAAUAUUUCACUAGAAUGGAUAAAUUUUCGCAUCAUCGUAAAAGAGAACAUGACACAACGGACGUUGUAACAGAUAUUUGGAUAUUUGGAAAUAUGAAUAGGGGAGAAAGUACAACUAAUACUAUUUCUAAAAUAACAGAAAGUAUAAAUACACCUAGGGUAGAAAAAACGUCAACAGAAAAGAAUGUAUCCUUACCUGUUAAUGCCCCUCUGAAUUCAAUGAAAACUGAAAAAACUGAAGUAUCACUUUCUUCCCUGCCAGAAAAUUCUGCCCGUGCAGCAUCUACAGGGGCUCCUACAGGGGCGUCUACGGGAGCAUCCACGGGAGCAUCUACAGGAGCAUCUCGAAAUCGAAGACCAAAAGAACAAGAAUUGAUAACGUCGAGUCCAAUUGAUAAUUCACUUACAAAUAAACGAACUCGAGAUCAGGUUCCAAUUGAAGAUAGCAAAAAAGAGAAUAGUGGAAAUAAAAGACGGGAAACACAGCCGCCACAACAAUUCUUAGGACUUAAUAAUGGUGAAAUACGUCAGCAACAGCAAAGACAACAAAGACGAUAUCCAAUAGAAGAAGAACAAAUAAUUGGACCAGAUGGGCGUAUAAGAUAUCAACCACGAGGGAAUCGUGGGCAAAAUGCUAAUCCCGUGUAUGGAAUGCCGUAUGAUACAGGAGAUCCUAGAUAUUAUAAUGCUAUGAUACAUCCUAUGAGCUUUGGACUCUCUCCUUAUAGUGAAUUACCACCUCCACCGCCUCCCCCGCGUUAUGAUGGUGGAUAUGGUGAUAUGCCAUAUGGCCAAUUUUAUGGGGGCGGAAAUAGAAGAUUUAUAAAUAGUCCUCCACCGCCUCCACCCCAACCGCGACGGUCAAGAUAAUGAAGGAUGGAAAAUUAAUUAUUUAAUUAAUGUAAUUAAUUAACUAAUAAAUUUGGGUCAUCGAUUUCUCUGCUUUAUUUUUAUUUUGGUUUGGCAUAUUAUAAUUAUUUAAUACGCCAAAAUGGGAUUUAUAAAGUUUUGAUUUUGGGACAAUUCACCAAAUACUUUUACAUU